GUGCUGUUGAAAAUGGGAAGAACAAUAUAAAUUACAUGAACAAUUUUCUUGAAGCAAUGUUGUUCUGGGAGAAAUCAGAAGGUGAAAAGAAGAAUUUAUUGGAAAAAAUUGCUCAACUAGAAGAUCUGUGUGCCAAGAAGGAGAAGUUUAUUCAGUCCAAUAAGAUGAUAGUCAAAUUCCGUGAGGAUCACAUCGUGCGCUUGGAGAGGCUGCACAGAGAGGCUGGGGGGAGCUUACUGCCAAAAGAGCAAGAUGAUCUCCUCAGUGAAUUGAGGCAGGAAUUGCAGAUGCUCAGGGAACAGAUGGAACACCACCCACGAAUUGCAAAGUAUGCCAUGGAGAACCAUAACCUCAGAGAGGAGAAUAAGAAGCUUCGUUCCUUAAAGUCAGUGAAGAAGGCUCAAGAAAUUGAUGCACAGACCAUCGCAGAGCUGGAAAAAGCUUUUUUGGAAGCUUCAGCCACAGAGAAGAACGUUGGAGGUCACCAUUUACAUCCCACCACUGUCUCAGUGGAAGGCAACUCCCUGGCCUCUGUUGAGAGGCUGAAAGCACGUCUGCUGCAGACUCAGAGUGAGCUGGCAAGUUCCAAACAAGAAUACGAGGAGUUUAAGGAGCUAACCAAGAAGAAGCACAUGGAGCUGGAAUCAGAGCUCCAGUCCCUUCGGAAGGCAAACCACCACCUCGAGAACAUCCUGGAGGCAACCAAGGCACACAAGCGCCAGGAAGUCUCUCAGUUACACAAGCUGCACAGAGAAACUCUCAAGAACAUAACCACCCCAACCAAAGCUUACCAGCUGAGGUCCCGCCUGGUGCCGCGGGUGAGCCCCGCCACCUCCAACCGCCCUGCCGACGACUUCCAGCGUGCUGAGGAGAUGCUGGAGGACAUCCUGGCAGAGCCACUUCCCCCAGGGAUGAACGAGCAGGCCUGUGAGGCCAUUGCUGAGGAGCUCAAAGUGACACAGGAGCAACUGAGCACAACACAGACCAAGCUGGAUGAGGAGGAAAGCAAGAACAUGAAACUCCAGCAGCAGAUGAGUAAACUGGAGCAUCACUCUGCACAGGUCCAGGAGCUUCUGUCAUCUGAAAGGAAUGACUGGAGUAAAGAGCGCCAGGAGCUCCUGGAACAGAUAAAGUCCCUUGAGAAGCAAUGUCAGGACAGCCAAAGCAAGGCUGAUAUCCUGCAGAGUGAAGUCCAGGACCUGCGCAUCGUGCUGCAGUCUGCAGACAAGGAGCUGGCCGCUCUGCGGGGCGAGUACGGAGCCUUCCGGGAGCGGCAGGAGCAGGAGCUGGGGCAGCUCUCGGGGAGACACAUGGACGUGCAGCUCCAGCUGGACAGUGUCAGGCUGGAGCAUGAAAAGAUUCUUGAAGAAAAGGCCAGCCUGCAGGAUGACUAUGACAACUUGCAGGAAGUAGCAAAGUUUGAGACAGAUCAACUGAAGCAACAACUUGAGGACAGAAAACAAGAAGCAGAAGCAAUGAAAACUGAGCUUUGUAACCUUUUGAAACUCCUGAAAACAGAAAAAGAACAUAAUGAAAAACUAACGUUACAAUUACAAGAAGACAAAGAAAACAAUUCCAAGGAGCUCUUGAAAGUACUUGCAAAAGCACAGGUGGAGAAACCAUCCUCUGAACUGGUGCCCCAGUGUGAGCAGCAGGAAGCAAAACUGCAGAAAUUGCAACAGGAGCUGGCUGCUGCUGAAGAGAUGAUUGUUUCUUUGAAGAAGACAAAUGAUACAGAUAAGGAAGUUGUCACUGACUUGAUGAGACAGAUCCAGGAGCUGAGGUCUUCAAUUAAUCAUAAAACUGAGUCCAUAGAGGGGCUGACAAGAGAGCUGGAGGACAUAAAUUGCAGGUAUAACCUUGCUCUGGCUGCAAAAGAAGAAAGCAAAGCAAUCAUAGAGGAUCAGGAAACAAAGAUUGAAGAACUGAGGGAAGCCUUGGAGAGAAAACAAACAGCUGAUAAUAAUGAGAGAAAACUUCUGUGUGAGGACUUGCAGCACACCACUGAUCAGCUGAUGCAACUGACAGAGGCCUCCAAGAAACACGAUUCCCUGCUCCAGUGUGCACAGGAAGACAUCGCCAGGAAGGAAGCUCUGAUCCAGGAACUCAGGGAACAGCUGGAGAAAAUGACAGAAGAACUGGAGAAGAGGAGGAAUGAAUACGAAGUAAAAAUGAAGCAAAUAGAUUGCUUUGUGGAUUCAUCAUCAGUAACAUUUCCUCAGUGUCCAAAAACUCCUCCUAAUUUUGAUGUGAACUUGGCAAAGCUGUUGGAAACUCAUGAGCAAGAAAUAGCUGAUCGAAGAGCUUCUGCAAUCAACCUGGAGCACCUUGUCCAUGAACUGAACGAGGAGAGGAGAGCUAAAAACUAUGAAAUCCUAAGGCUGAAGGAGCAAUUGAGUGAGCUGGAGAACUUGCGCCUGGAGAUGCAGAUACUGGUGGAGAACAACAGGAAUUUACAGAGCCUUGUAGAAGCUCAAAGACUCAGCAAGAACAGUGACCCAAAACAUCCCGACGUGGAGUACCUCAGAGAGAAAGAGGAGGAGAUUGCUGAGGAACGGCUGGCCAAGAAUAAAGCUGUGGAGGAGAUGCUGAAAAUCAAAGCAGAAUUAGAAGAGACCAAAAAUACCCUCAAAAUCAAAGAGAAUACUUGUCUUGAAAUUACUCUGGAGAUGGAACGAACACGAGCUUUGGAGCUGAAAGCAUUUCAUGAAAAAGAAGAAAUUAGAUCAAAACUGGAGGAAACGUAUGAGGAGAGAGACAGAAUUGGAAAGGAAGUGGACCUGCUGAGAAAGCAAGUUGACUUUCUUGCUGAGGAGAAUGGGAAAUUGAUUGGUCAUCAAAACCUAAACCAGAGGAUUCAGUAUCUUGUGAAACUGAAGAAAGAUUACGCUAAGCUUGCUGAGGAGACUGAAAAACUACGAGUUGAAAAUGCAUUUCUGAAAGAGUCAAGGAAAUGUGACUUGUGUAGACACCAUGAGCAGUUAUAA